AUGGAUCCUCUCUCUGCCAUCGGUCUCGUCUCGAGUGUAAUUACCUUCAUAGACUUUGGGUAUGAACUCAUAUCCGCUGCUAGAGAGGUCCAUGGGUCCGCUACCGGCACGACUACAGCCAACGACCACAUCGAGUUCCUCAAUGUUCGCAUGGAAGCCGUGGCAACGGACUUAAAGGCCUCAAAGUCGCACUCAGGAGGCAUGCCGGCCGAUAAACAACGACUGGUCGAGCUCGCUGACAAGUGCCUGGGUCUCUCGAAUGAGCUGAAGAAGCUACUGGACAGAUUGAAAGCCAGCGAUUCGAAGUCGAAGCGGCAGAUCUUAAGUUCUGCCAUACAAAAUGUGAGAAAGAAAGGCAAGAAAACCGUUCUGGAGGCCAGGCUGGAUCAAUGCCGCCAGCAGCUGCAUUUACAGCUGUCUCACACAACAGGACUCGACAUUCUCAGUCGCUUGAGCGAGAUCGCUCAGACUGGUAAAUGCAAUGAGAGAGAAUUGGCGUCUCUAAAUCGGCAGGUGGCAACACUCAAAGAUGCUGUGACCGGCAUGAAGUCACACUCGAGGCUCCAAGAUGAAGCACGAAUGGUUCUCGAUCUAUCUGAUCAGGCUGUUUCCAAAGUCUUGCAGAACAACAUACUAGAAGCUCUACGAUUUGAAGAAAUGGAAAAACGGUUUGAUAGUAUUGAAGAGGCCCAUACUAAAACCUUCAAAUGGCUUUUGGAAGAUACAGCUUCGAGCUCAAUAAGACCGACCACGAGUACGGAUGAUCCAUGGUUCGAAAACAUUCUGCCUUAUCUCGAAAGAGAGGAGCCCUUGCGACGUGAUAUAAGGGAAGGCUUUACUGAAUGGCUUUCAAUUGGGCAAGGGUUCUUUCACAUCUCUGGAAAGCCAGGAGCCGGCAAGUCAACUCUGAUGAAGUAUCUCACGGAGAGUGACAAGGUCAAGAAAUAUCUGAAUGACUGGGCGGGGAACAAAGAGCUCAUUAUUGCCUCGUUCUUCUUCUGGAGGCAUGGAUCGGAUUAUCAAAAAUCACUCCGGGGCCUACUACGAUCGCUCCUAUAUUCCGUCCUGGAUCAACAGUCAGAUCUCGCACGAGUUGCUUUUCCCGACCAAUGGGAGGCGGCGAGCAACAAUCCCGGUAGGACAGUACAUUUCCGCCAGUCCGAUAUCCAGAAGGCGUUCAUCGGCCUCAUGAAGACAUCUCAGGUCUAUCUCAGACACAAAUUCGCAUUCUUUAUCGACGGACUGGACGAGUUUGAAGGCCACGACGAGACGCUUAUAAAAUCCUUGUUUGAAUGGGCUCAGUCGAGUCCUGAAAAUGUCAAGAUCUGCGUGUCUAGCCGAGAACUGCCGAUAUUUGAACAACGGUUCUUGAACUGCCCCAGGUUUCGACUACAGGAAGUUACACAUCACGAUAUCUUUCUUUUUGUCUACGAUACGCUACGAGAUAAUGAAGAUGUAAAAAUAAUAUCGAAGCCCCAGGAUGUGGCGAAGUUGGGUCAUAUGCUGGUACAGAGAGCGGAAGGCGUUUUUCUCUGGGUAUCUCUAGCAUUACGACUUGUGGAGCGAGGGCUUGUGCUAGAGGACAGCAUCGAAGAACUCAAGAGCUCUAUCGACGUGCUCCCCACAGAAGUCGAGCAAUUGUUUCGAGUCAUCUUUGACUCAAUCAAAAAAGAACCGGAUCUUGUCAAGCGUCGUAAAGCCAUGAGGACUCUUUCUCUUGCUGUGGAUGAGCUUGAAGCAGCCCCUUUUUUUGGUCCGCUUUGGCUAUCACAUCUUUCAUUCAUGGACGACUACGAUCGCAAUUCAGAUUUUGCAAGCCACAUACGAGGUUUUUCCAACACAACAGAUAUAAUUACGCGCUUGUCUCGAUGUCGGAAGCAAGUGACUGGUGGAUGCAGGGGAUUUCUCAGCAUAAAUACCCGUGCUGUGUCAAAUUCGAAUGAUCUCUUCAGACAAGAAACUGUCGAGUUGGCACAUCGCUCACUCGUUGAGUUUUUUCAACUGUCUGAGGUUCGAGAGUGCAUCGAGGCGCAUUCCAAAGGCUUUGAUAAGCUGCAUUUCUACUGUCAGACGCUAAUUGCUGAAUUGAAACUAUGGCCUCCCAACAUCGAAUUGGAGUCAACUGGUCGUCGACCCUGGUUUGAACGAGAUUUGAAACGCCUUACGAUCUUCUACUACUUCAUCCAAGCACCAGAUACGUCAACACUUUUCUCGGCCUUGAACCAGUUGAGAGAACUUGCGGAUGGCGAGGGAAAUCCAACUUCGCAGGCCUGUCCGGCCUACAUAUGUGAAUGGAGGAUUGGCGAAAUUAGUGUCUGGACACUUCCUCCCCAUUCUAGUCCCCUGCGAUGUCAUUCAACAGCUUUGUUCACUCUUACGGCCUUGAGCUCUGGUCUCUAUGAGUUUUGGCAGGUAGAAGCCCUCGAUAACAACCUUCAACAGGCCACUCUACAGUCUAUCCAAAGUAGCAUAAUGGGUGACUGGUUGAACAGACCUCUGGGUACUGAUAAAUUUCCCAGGCGACACUUUGACAGACUGCUCCGUAGCCUGGCAACUUGCCUUGCAGAUGGAACAUCAGCCGAUUCACUCAUGUUCAUCGGAGAAUUUGAAGUCCCUGUUAGCUUUUGGCAGCAUCUGGUUUGGAGCAGUAUUGUGACAUCAGGGCCGAAGGCAUCCCCCGCGCCAGUAUGGCUGCUCUUCCUCCUGCAUGGGGCCGAGCAAAUUUUCACACUCAGCUUUGAGCAGUCUUGCAACUUUAGCGAAGUUGACAAACGUGGGAAACUGAUCUCGAUGACAGGUCAGUGGGGUCUGGACAAGCACGAAGUCCACUCACCAAUAUAUGUCCACGAAGACCAUGGUGGAAUCCUGGAGCUGGCUAAAGCUCAGAAGUGGUCCGUUUCUUUGGGGGAACUCACCUCAUUUUGGUUCCCAAUGUAUGCGGAAAAAUUUCGGAGGAUACACGACUUGUAUGAUCACAGUGUUGAUUCGCCAGUGGAGGGUAUGAUGGACCUGAGACGAGAGUUCGGACUUGACCCUGCAUCUUGGCGGACCCAGGUGUGGGAAAUCCCUCGGCCUUUGAUUCAGUCUUGGGAGGGUAUAAGUUACAUUCUGCGAACUUUCUGA